CUAACGAAUUGAGUGAUUUCUCCCACGCAGCAGUCUAGAUCCAGCACCGGUGUCGGUACACUGUUUGUUUCCUCAGAAACGGAGGGAGAAACAGUGAGAAAAUGGAGAAGAUGAACCAGGCGUUUGAGAAGAUCAGGGCGAACCAAGCGUUUGAGAGGGUCAAGAUGCUGGUAGGAAUGGAUGUCGAAGACGAACAACAGCAAGCCGCCUUAGAAGACGGGAACUCUUUCUCCUUCAUGGACGACUUCAAUCGCCGCUGCACCUUAACCACCAAACAGAGGCUUUACGGUUUUGCAAUAUGCUUGGUUUCUGGUGUUACUUUCACACUCUUGUCAGUUCUUGUGUUCUUCAACCCAAUCAAAUUUGGAAUCACAUUCACAUUUGGCAAUUUACUUUCACUUGGGAGCACUGCAUUUCUCAUUGGCCCAAAAAGGCAGUUCACCAUGAUGCUUGAUCCUGUUCGUAUCUAUGCAACAGCGAUAUAUAUUGCAAGCAUGAUCAUUGCCCUGUUUUGUGCUUUCUAUGUUCACAACAAGCUGUUGACACUUUUGGCAAUUAUUUUAGAAUUCGGAGCACUUAUUUGGUUUGUCGAAGUCCUCAUUUUUCUUUAAUUGUUGUCUUAUUUAUAUUAAUCUACCAUAUCCUAGUGACCUGCAUUUCUAUGCAAAACCAAAAGUAAAAUGAUAUCAACGUCAAUUCAGUGGUUAACAUUGAGUAUGAUAAGUUAGAACCAUGUGGCAUAACACAAAAUCCUCCCAGGAAAAUGAAAAUCUUACAUGUUGUGAGCAUUUAAGCACUACAAUAUCCCUAUUUUCUGAUCUUUCAACCGUUAGCUUUUCAUAGCAGCUGCAGCCCUAUUCCCUCUUGACCUGAUUUGAAUCCAUCUCCCAGUUAUUCCUCCUUUCUCCUUGUCUCUCUCUUUCUGCAACAUCCAUCAUCCACCAAUAGAAACCUUUGUGGCAUCAAGCUGUGGUUCCAAGACUUAGCCACCAUUGCUGUGUCCCCAGCAUUCUUAAUAGCUCACUGGUCAAAGUUUUAAUAAUUGAAAGAUUGUUAUCUUGUGCACUUCAUUUCAUCAUGUAUGCUCAUCUUUUCUUUUGUUGUUCUCUUCAUGAUUUGCAGGUAUAGCUUGAGCUACAUUCCUUUCGCGAGGUCCUUGGUUUCAAAGAUCAUGUCAGCUUGCUUUGACACUGAAUUUUAGGCUUGUGUGGAACGAACAAGAAGAUCGUAGAGGGAUCUACUCCAAUUUAAGAUGUAUCAGUUUUUUUGGCCGUCAAUUUAGAUGUAUCAGUAAAUGAAUCUGAAUCAUGUAUGCUAGCAUCCUUUUUUAUUUUUAUUUUUUUCGUGGUUUGUGGGAUCCCAUCUGUCUUUAUUCUUAUGGGUUAUGAUUGAUAAGGCUGCUUCCAUUGAAACUGAAGCCACCUUGCUGAGCAAAUUACAUAGGUAUUCUCCAGAUAUGUGAAUAUGAAUUUUGUGUUAUUUUCCAUGAAUAUGAAGUUAAAUUCAUAGUAUUUGC